AUGCAACAGACCACCACCAGCAAGAGCUCGUCUGAGAGACUCGCGUACUGUUCUCUUACCGGUUUAUAUGGGGUUUUGUCUUCAGGUACUCCGGGCGUUGGGAAGACCACGCUCGGAAAAGAACUUGCGUCAAGAGCCGGGAUGACCUACAUUAAUGUGGGUGACAUGGCAAAAGAAGGAGAACUGUAUGAAGGUUUCGAUGAGGAAUAUGAUUGCCCGAUUUUGGAUGAAGACAGGGUAAUUGAUGAACUAGAAGAUAAAAUGAGUGAGGGUGGAGUUAUUGUCGACUACCACGGCUGUGAUUUUUUCCCCGAACGGUGGUUUCAUAUAGUAUUUGUACUUCGUACGGAAAAUUCAUUUCUGUAUGACAGACUUGAAAGCAGGGGCUACAAAGGGAAAAAGCUGCAAGACAACAUCCAGUGUGAAAUUUUUCAGACACUUUAUGAGGAAGCUGUGUUGUCAUACAGAGAGGAAAUUGUACACCAGUUACCCAGCAACACUCCCGAAGACCUAGAGAGAAAUUUGGAUCAGAUUAUGCAAUGGAUUGAGCAAUGGAUGAAGGACAACAAUUGACAUUUGGUGAAAAAGUAACUCUGCUGGACCGCUUCGUGGGAGGGUUUAAUAAAUGACAUUAAUAAUUCCUGUAUGAUAAAUUAAAAUUAAUUUUAUUGUCA